AUGAUACAUUCUCAUAGACAUAUAAACCAACAAUACAAUAAAGCCUUAUUUAUUGUUCAACACUUGCCUAUUUCUUCCAACGUACAACCAACAAAAGAACAAAAGCUACAACUUUAUUCUCUUUAUAAACAAGCUUCUCAAGGUGAUAUAAAUACUCCAAGGCCUGGUAUAUUUGAUGUUGUUGGAAGAUCAAAAUGGGAUGCAUGGAAAAAAUUAGAAGGCAUGAGUGAGUUAGAGGCAAAACAUCGUUAUGUUCAAAUGCUUUUACAAGUAGCUAAAGAAGUAUGUAAAUAUUUAGAUGUAUUUUAUGUAUUUAUCACGACUAGGCGUUAA